AAGAGCCCAGAAUUGCAGUCCUUUCUUUACAAAGUGAAUUCAGAGCUGGGAAAAUUGAGCCCAGUCAUCCCAGCUGGCGACCCCCGCCCCCCUCCCCCGGAAACAGCGGAUAUCGGAGUAGCCCGGGACCCCAGGCUCCAGCCGCACCUGCUGCACUUGACCACGUGACCGCCACAGUCCCAUGGACCAAACACAAAGAAGAAUCCUGGGCCAGCCCCUGCCGAUCCCCACCACCCAGCCUAAGAAGAAAAGGGCAUCAAUGGUGUCUUUCUUUUCCAAGAUCUCUUGGACAGUGAGUCUCCAGAAGCAGGAGCCUCCGAAGAACGUGUUUUUCAUCUUGGCAGAAAGAGCCCAGGACCCCAAUGCUAAAAAGCGUCACAUGGCAAUGAGAGGCCUGGGAGCAAUGGCCUCUGAGACCCCUGACAAGGUGAAAAAAUAUAAGAAAAUUGUCCUAGACCUGCUGGUGCAUGGCCUGUAUGACCCUGUGAGUGCUGACGUCAUCCAUGAGAGCAUGAAGACUCUGACCAUCAUCCUGGGCAAGAUCCAGGGGAAAAGUCUGGGCUCCUUCUUCAUAGACAUCACUCUCCAGGCCAGGACUUUACUGGAUGACGAGAAUGACAACCUGAGAUAUUCGGCCUUUGUCCUGUUUGGGCAAUUGGCGGACUUCGCUGGGCGGAAAUGGAAGACAUUUUUCACCAGUCAGGUUAAGCAGACUCAAGAUUCCCUCCUGACACAUUUACAGGACAGAAAUCCCCAGGUGGCCAAGGCUUGCAAAACAACAUUUCGAGCCUGUUCUCCAUAUCUGAAAGAAAGAAAGGAAAACAGCUUCCAGAGUGAAGCAGAUCAAAGGAACCCUAAACUCUGCCGGCAGCUGGUGGGAAAACUAAGGCACGGGGAAAUUAAGUAGCUUGCCCAAGAUGACCCAGUGAAUGGAUGGAGCCAGAAUUCAAAUCUGUAUGGACGGACUGCUGGAACAUUUAAUUACAAUGUGAUUCUGCUUCAAUGUGGAAUAAUUGACAGAUGGUUAGAAAUGUAAAAAACAAAACAAAAACACAUUAAAAAACUGCCUAGCUGCUGCUCUAUUUAACUCAGUUAACUUUUGCUUUUAUAUGUGCUAAGUACACAUUUUUAUUAAUUAAAUUUGUGAUCUGAGUAUAUAUUUGUAUUUGUCACCUCUUGGCUAAUCAGGUCACUUUUGGUGACCAAUUCUAGUCCUAUGAGGGAUCACAUGGCUCUUGUAAAAAUUUCAGGAAAAAUCUCUUCAUCCCUCCGACCUUCCAUCCAACCAGUUUGCUUCCCAAGCUUCUCCUAUAGAAAUUCUGGUAUUACCACUGAACUUGGCAUUCAGACUAUACUGGACAAGUCUGGGAAAUGGAAAACAUAAGAGGGUAAUAAAGGCUGUAGAGGGAUCUUAAUGUUAUUCUGAAAACCAGGAACUCAAUCUUCUGCUCUAGCUCUCCAGAGACAGGGCCUUGUAACACAGAUGAGGGCUGAGUUGUCUCCUAGGAGAGACAAGGAUGUGGCAGUUGGCGGAAGGGGGAGUUGGAGCACGAAUGGGUUUUCUUUCUUCCUAUUUUGAAGCUGGGGUACAUGACCUGGGGAGCUCUUGGGAGUGACACAAGCUCAGGAGCAGGAGGGAUGGUUCUGAGCUGAGAGCCCUCUCCCUUCCCGGAUGUUGGCCUGUUUGAAACUAUGUUCCGAGGUCCGUUUAGAAUCUGAUGCAGUUCGAUUAAGUGAUCAAUAGUGGCUUGAGAACUGCAUUUUGCUAGCAUGCAAAAAGGUGGAGGUAGAGUGAGGCAGGCAGGUUAUGUGCUGUAGAGCAGAAACAUCUAUGUACUUAACGCCCGUUAGCUGAUUAAAAUUGUGGAAGGUGCUGUUGAAUUGACUUUAAGAUUUCUGGUAGACUGGUAACUCUGGUGGCCUCCAAAGAAUCAUGCCUCCUGAUAUUCGUGCCCUUGUGUAGACCUCUCCCCUUGAAUCUGGGCUGACUUUGUGACCCACUUUAACCAUUAGAAUAUGCUGAAAAUACCACCAUGCCAAUUAUAAGCUACUUUUUAAGAGCUUCCUUUUUUGUGCUCCGGGUGAAGCCAGCUGCCAUGUAAGAAGUCAGAUUACCAGAAACAAAGAAGAAUGUCUGAGACCACCAUUUUGGAAGGAAAACCAAGCUAACCACAUGCAAUGCCUUGUGGAGGAGAGCUGAGGAACUCAACCUACAAUGAAGUAUGAGGUCCAGAUGUACGAUACAAGUUGGCCGUUCCAGCCAGACCUCAGUUGUUCAAGCUACCCCAGCUGACACCCCCAUGGCAAAGAGAUGAGCUAUCUCCAUGAAGCCCAUCCAAAAUUGCAGAAUCGUAAGCAGGUUAAUCAAAUCAAAUCAUUGUUGUUUUAAAUCACUAAUUUUGGGGAUAGUUUAUUACUCAGCAAUAAGUAACCAAAAAAGAUUCCUUAUCAUUAAUUUGUCUUUUGGCCAGUUUCAUUUUGCUCUUAAUAAGUCCACUUUGAGUUUGAACUACAUUUCUAGAAGGUUAUCAUGGAGCUCUGUGGUGAGAGCAGGGACACCUUGCUUUUGUACCGCAAGCCAUGCCUUGUUUUCCUUUUUGUAUCUCACCGAAUGUAUCACAGCACCUAGCACGUAGCAGAUGAUCAAGAAAUAUUUGCUGAAUGACUAAAUAGUUCCAAAUUGUAGUGGGAAUAGAAUCCAAACUAGUUUGCUAUUCCGGGCUCUCAGCCAUGGGUUCACACUCUUCCUUUCCAGCUUUUUCUUCUGUUACUUUUUUGCUGUAGCCAAAUUUGGCUCCUCUCUCUUCCGUAAACACUUCUUAGUCUCUUAUACUCCUUUGCCUUUGCUCAGUCUGUUCCUUUUGCUUCGAAUUUCCUCCCUUGCCUAGCCAUGCAUACACACACACACACACACACACACACACUUCAUAUGUAUAACUUAUGCCUGCUCGAAGACUGAUCAAUGCCUGAUCCCCUCAAUCAGAUGCGAGUUCAGCUCACAUCUCUGAACUCCCAGAACAUUCUAACAAUCUUAGGCCACUUAGCAUGUUUUAUCUCAUUUGCAAGGUUUUACCUACCUGCCUUUUUUCCUCCCGUUAGAUUGAAGCUGCUGAAGGAAGGAUCCUAUCUUGUAUAGCUUUGUAACUGUCACAUGACUUCAAAGGUACUCAGGAGAUGCCCAGUAAAUAAAUGUUGUUUGGGGAGAAAAAAGUCAGAAAGUCAUCCGAAGCUACUACUCCUUCAGAGAAGCCCAUCUUGACCAAUGAGGGCUGUCAUUUCUCUCCUCAUAACCAGACUGCAGGUUACCUUUAUGCUCAUGUCCUUAAAGUAUCCCUUUUGCCAUGAGAUGCUUAUUAAUUUGCCAGUCUAGAGGUAAUGCUUUGGCAUUUCUUAUUUUUCAACACUAGAUAAAGAACAGCGAGUGAAUUAAAGAAAGAAAAGGAAUAUUCUCUUGCUAUCAUGCUAAGGGCUCAGGGUAGAGGUAUGCAUGAAACUUGGUCCCUGCUUUCAGGUUGUUCACAACAUGGGUCUUUCUUAAAGGGACAGAGAAGGGAGAGGAAGGACAAGGAAGUUGGGAAUCUCACAGGUGAUCGGUACUCAGUGUCAACAGAAUCCAGUGGAAUGCCAGUCCAUAGAGUAAUGAAUGCUUCAAAUACUAUAAAAAACACAAGCGUGUGUUUUAUAAAGAGAGGAACAGCAGCUGUGUAGGACAGCUAGCAGAUAGUGCUAGAAAUAAGGCAGAUACAUAUCUCUGCUUUUCUGUGUUUUCCAAGCUUUCUGCAAUAAGCCAUGUAUUA